AUGGAGAGCCAAGAUGUGCAACAGAUCUUGAAAAUCUCUGGCUUUGUUCACAAUAAGCUGUUGUUCAAGUACCUUGGUGUGCUUGUCUGUUUUGAAAGAAUUUCAAGUGUGGAAUGCGAAGUUCUAAUUGAGAAAAUAGUUGCGAGAGUAAAGAUUUGGAGCUCUAGACACCUUUCUUAUGGUGGAAGGGCCACUCUUGUCAACUCCGUUCUUGACUAUCUAUGGCAUGGAACAACAGUGUAUGAAUCUCCUGGUCAAGUUGCGUGGAAGGAGGUGUGCAAACCAAACAAGAUAGGAGGUUUGAGAUUUUGUUGUCGACUUGAAGAGUGGAAUAUAGCUGCCAUCGAGAAACAUAUUUGUUCCUUGGUAUAA